GGCUUGCGUGAGCUCCGUGGCAUCAUUUCAGCCCGUGGAGGCUGCAGAAUGAAGGGAGACCUUGAGGAGGUCGGUGUGAUGCUCAGCUUCUGCCGGACCCCAGGGUUGCCCUGCUGACAUUCCAACCUCUCCUCAUCCAUCGCUGCUCCUCCCGACCCGUUCCCACCUCUGCUGGUUCUGCUGGUGAUUCCUCAGCCCUUCUGGUUCUGCUGGUGAUUCCUCAGCCUUUCAGUUCAGCCUCAAAUCUCCGUGAUGAAGGCUGAGGAAGACCGCAGGUCUUAAGUGAGCAGCCGAGCACAGGUGGGUCCGGUGGGCCCAGUUUGUGCUUUAUACUGGUGAAACCACCCCCCCCAGCCCGAUGCCGACGGAUCGGAACCGACUCCUUCCAGCCCACAUUCAGAACCAGACUCCAGCUUCCAUCAAGGAGGAGAGGACUCGGAUUGGGGUGGAUCCGGGAUCCCGAAGGAUCCGCCCAAGGGGAGGGGUCCAAGGAGGGAAGGGCUCAUCGCAGCUCUGGCAAAUUCGCCUUUGGGAGCCGUCGGCCUUAACGCCUCUCUGAAACUUUUCCACUCAGCUCUUUGGGUUUGGAAAGGCCCUUUGCCCCCCUCCCUCCCUCCCAAGAUGGGGUUCUCCAUAUGGAACAGCUCUCCCUCUUCCCUGCGGCGGGGACAGCGAUGCUAGAAGCGCGGUCUGGAUGCAGUGGGUGUGUUUGCAGGCCGGCGGCCAUGAAGCACUGUUACUACAACGAGUCGGUGGGUUUCUUCUACAACAACAGCCGGAAGGAGCUCACCACCUACUGGAGGACCAAAGAUGUCCUGGUGGUGGCCCUGGGUCUCACUGUCAGCAUCAUCGUCCUCCUCACCAACCUCCUGGUCAUCGCCGCCAUCAUCAUCAACCGCCGCUUCCAUUACCCCAUCUAUUACCUCCUGGGCAACCUGGCAGCCGCCGACCUCUUUGCUGGCAUUGCUUACAUGUUCCUCAUGUUCCACACGGGGCCGAGGACGGCCGAACUCUCCCUGAAGACCUGGUUUAUCCGGCAGAGCCUCCUGGACACCAGUCUGACCGCUUCGGUGGUCAACCUCUUGGCCAUCGCGGUGGAGAGGCACCAGACGGUGCUGACCAUGCAGCUCCACAGCAAGAUGUCCAACCAACGCGUCAUGAUCCUCAUCUUCUGCAUCUGGGCCACGGCUCUGCUGCUGGGGUUGAUCCCAUCCUACGGUUGGCACUGCCUGUGCGCCCUGGAGGAGUGCUCCAGCAUGGCCCCGCUCUACAGCCGCAGCUACCUGACCUUCUGGGCCAUCUCCAACCUCCUCGUCUUCCUCCUCAUGGCGGUGGUCUACGCCCACAUCUUCAUCUACGUCAAGAGGAAGAUGGGGCGGAUGUCGGCGCACACCUCCUUCCACCCGCGCUACAGGGAGACCGUGGUCGGCCUCGUCAAGACGGUCACCAUCAUCCUCGGUGCCUUCCUGAUCUGUUGGACCCCCGGGCAGGUGGUGCUGCUGUUGGACGGGUUGGGUUGUAAGAGCUGCAACGUUUUGGCCGUGGAGAAAUACGUCCUCCUGUUGGCUGAGAUCAACUCCUUGAUCAACGCCAUCGUUUAUUCCUAUCGGGACAACGAGAUGAGGAGCACCUUCCGGAGGAUCCUCUGCUCCAUCUGCUAUCGGAAUCCCAAAUACACCCCCACGGCUGUGAAACCCAACGGGGCUGACCGUGGGUCGCUGUCACUCAAUGGGCAUUUCACGGUGGAUUCCUCCAUUUGAGACGUUGGGGCCGCGCUCGUUUUCUGACCGUGGGAACGGAGGGGGAAUCCCUCCGGUGGGAGACAUUGCACUGCGGGGUGAGGAUCCCCAUAAACACCCCUCAAAGGAUGCUUUUAUAAGGGACCACCGCGCGGUUUGUUAAUUAGCGUGCUUAAUUAAAGGCUGUUUCUAAAGCUGCGUUGAUUUCUACAGGUGAGCUGCAGCUCUCUGUAUUAUUAUUAUUGUUUUUUUGCGG